GGAAAGGAAACACAGAAAAAGGACAACGCCGUCGUCUCUUCCUCGCACCAGCCUCCCGCUAGGGUUUCCCCUCUUCUCGGUGGAGGCGCCGCGCCUCCGGGACCUGGAUCCUAUCAGGUCCACGCUGAUGCCAGCGAGGUGCAGCCGUCUUUGAUUCCCCUCCUGUAGCUGCAUCCUCAUGCCGACCAUCACGCACUACGUGCUGGAUCCCUUCCUCGAGACAGGGUCGCCUGCGCAGGCCGAGAAAGCCACGCCCAAGCCGCCGCCCUCGCCUCCAGACAAGGCCACACCUGUACCGGUGGCUCCUAUUAGGGCACAGACGUCGCCGGCAUCACUCUAUGCCACGCCUGAGAGCACCACCUUGCCCGACUCACCUUCCUCGUUCCCCGGGACCUGGUCGCCGUACAUUAUCAACCAUAAGAGGCGGGGGGCCUCCCUUGCCAAGACCGUUCCUCAGGGUGACGUUGGAAGUGAGGGCAGCCAGCCAAAGCUCCCAGUGAUACUGCCUGCUCUGCCUAAAGGGGGUGAACCCACUGCAGUGGAGGAGCCUGAGUUUGCGUUUCAGCAAUCAGGGAAUGAUCAAGCUGAAGGUGACAGUGGUGUGGACGAGGCCCCCAUCAAUGGGAAAAAUGAAAUGCUGCUGAAGGGCAAGGGACCUGUGACAGCCAAAAAUGAGCACGAGCAGCCUGAGUUUGAGUUUCACCGUGGAAAUCUUGAAGCACUAGUGAGGCCUGUUAAUGUUGGAAGGCCUUUGAUUGGCGGAGCACCCAAAAAUGAUGAGAGUGACACCUUCCUUGAACUUCAGGAUUCCAUGAGUGUGGCUAGCAAUACUGAAACUGAUGAUGCUGGCACCCAAGAGUGGUGGUGGAAACCGAGUUCCCCUCUUGGGAUCUCUGUUGGCACACCCUGUGCUGAAUUCUAUGAUGCAUUUGAAGAAAUAUCAAGUGAUGGUGGAACUCGAUCUUCACGGGCCAUGGAUGAUGACCUCCGUGAAAUGAGGUUAAGCCUGUUGACCGAAAUUGAGAGGAGGAAGCAAGCAGAAGAAACACUUGAGAUAUGGCAGAAGGAAUGGAAGAAGCUGAGUCACCACCUAUCACAUGUUGCCUUAUCACUUCCAUCUCCAAGUAUAGCUGAGGAUACUGAUGAUUCAAGCGUCGAUCCUGGUGCUGAGUUGUGCCAGCAAAUAACUGUUUCACAACUUGUAGCUGCUGCUAUUUCCCAGGAUUUUGCUCGUGCUGAAGUUGCUUCAGAGAUGGAAGCCGUGAUUGCCACAAAGAACUUCGAGAUUGCAAGGCUGUCGGAUAGGGUCCAGUACUAUGAAGCUGCAAACAGGGAAAUGUCCCAAAGAAACCAAGAAGCUAUCGAGACGUCAAGGCAACAACGCAAGGAGCGUAAGAAGCGACAGAAGUGGUUCUGGGGUUCAGUUGGGCUUGCAGUCACCCUUGGUGCCACGGCCAUUGCCUGGUCUUAUCUACCUUCAUCGCAGCCCCGAGCUAGUGCAGAUUCAAAUAGUACCGUCAGUGACUAGAGCUAGGAUGAAGAUACUCCCUCCGUUUCUUUUUAUUUGUCGCUGGAUAGUGUAAAAUUGCACUAUCCAGCGACAAAUAAAAAGAAACGGAGGGAGUAUCUCAUUUCAGAAGCCUAACAAACCUCUAACUAUACUCCUAGAGGAGAAAAAAAAAACGUUGUAUAAGUUCUCUUUUGGUGAUCGUCCAUGAUCGCUACAAUCUUCAUUUGCUGCUUUGUAUGUAAAAAUGUUGGGUGGGCCAUCUCCGUCAGGAUUGGCUCCAUUCCAAUCACCGUAAAUCUCUGCAUAGAUGAUUCAUGGUUGAGCAAAUAAUACAAAGGGAUGUGGAUAUGGUUAGUAAUCCAUGCCCACCGACCCCACUCGAGGAGUUGAUUUUGCCAA